AUGCAUCUUAUGUAUACGCUAGACGAAAGUGGGAACAGGAUAUAUACUCUGAACAAAACGACGGAUACAGGCAGAAUAACCAAGUCUGCACACCCAGCACGUUUCUCGCCCGAUGACAAAUUUUCGAGGCAUCGUGUUACUCUCAAAAAGCGCUAUGGCGUCCUGUUGACCCAGCUCCCUAGCAAGCCUAUGUGA